AGCUAAACAGCGAUUGGGUCAAUAAUACCACGUCAAGGAUUAGGGUGAUCUGCCUAUUGGUCUGAAUCAAAGUGACAGCGGACUCAAGCACGCUGAUUGGUCAAGAAUCGGGAUAGUUGGGAUUUAUCGCUCUUGUCACACUGGACACAAGAAAGUAUUAUAAUAGCAUAAUAGUUUGUUUGCAUAUAUCGUCUGUUUGGCAGUGGUGAUCUAUUCAACACACGACUGAAGCUCCCACUGGAGACUGUGCACUUGAAACAGAGGCCCGGCUGCUCUCUGGAGGAGCACAAGACACUGAAGAAGGAGGAAAUCUGAACAGCAAAGCCUACACUUCAACCACAUGGCAGAGCCCAACUUCCCCCCGCUGCCGGGAUUCAUCCCGCUCAAACCGUGCUUCUACCAGGACUUCGAAGAGAUCCCUGAACAGCACCGCAGCAUGUGCAAGAAAAUGUACCACCUGUGGAUGUUGAAUAGUGCUACUCUUGCGGUGAAUCUCAUUGGCUGCUUUGCAUGGAUGUUUGGUGGAGGAGGUGUGACCAACUUUGGACUGGCAAUUAUCUGGCUAAUCAUGUUCACUCCCUGUUCUUACGUCUGUUGGUUCAGGCCCAUCUACAAGGCUUUCAAGAGUGACAGCUCCUUCAACUUCAUGCUGUUCUUUUUUGUGUUCAUGGCCCAAGUUGGCAUUAGCAUCAUCCAAAGCAUAGGCAUCCCUGGAUGGGGAGUGUGUGGUUGGUUGGCUACCAUCUCCUUCUUCAGCUAUAAUAUUUUGAUUGCUCUGAUCAUGUUGGUCCCUACCAUCAUGUUCACUGCAGUGGCCUCACUGUCCUUCAUUGCGCUCACCAGGAUCCAUAAUUUCUACCGUGGCAGUGGGGGCAGCGUGUCCAAAGCUCAGGAGGAAUGGGCCACAGGAGCCUGGAAGAGCCCUCACGUCCAGGCAGCAGCCCAGCAGGCCGCCAUGGGGGCAGCUGCCGGAGCCAUGGAGGAUCAGUACUCCAGCCCACAAUAUAACGCUAACCAGAUGUAGCCUCUUCAAGACAGGGAUGUCAAAGGAAUCAUGUAACAGUUAUGCCAAAGUUCAAGCAACAGGACUAGGAAGUUUUAAUCAUUUCCCACAGUAUUAAGUACUAUAUUAAGUUGUACAAUGUACCAGAAAUGACACUUGCAUAGUUUAACAUCUUCAGUUUUUACAUUUUGGACAAAUCACUGAUUUGGAAGCAGUGAUUUCAAGCAAUUUCAUCAUUUGACAAACAAAUCGCUCUGAAUACCUGCGGGAAGCUUGUUUUCGCCUUCCUGUAAAGGGCAUGCUGAUUAGUUGCAGGGUUUUAUAUAAUUUCGUAUUCUAUUUUUGUUUUCUGUUUUUGGAGACAGUAGUUUUUAAUGUGUGUUACUGCAGUGGCUUUAGUGGGAGCUGCUAAUAUAUUAUUUGUUUAGACCUGCAGUUCUAGCCAUUUUUACAAAAGAAAACAAAAAGAUAUUUUCUUUCUCUUCAAACAACACAAACGUUAAUGUACAGUAACUGAAGCUGUGAUGAAUUUCUAACUAGUUAGUAUUAUCUUAUUUGAUUCAUUUAUCAAGGCAAUAUUAGAAUUAUAUUUUGGUGAGGAAGAAAAUGCUACUUUAAUUUUUCUUCUAUUUAAUUUUAAAGGUACACCAAAGAAGAGAUGUAAUAUUGUGACCUUAACAUUGCUACUUAAAUGACCUCAGCAAAAGUUUAUUCAUAUUUCUAUGUAGUUUAUUAAUAAUUGCACUGUGAAAGAAGAUGUUGUACCACUGAAAGGAAAACUAUCAGUAUUACAGUAAGAAACAGUGUUUUGUCUUCAGUUGGAUUUGAAGUGAACAGAAAAUGUAAACUUACUUGAAACUGACUCUUUGAUGUCCUUUGAGCUUCUGUUGUCCUGAUGUCGCUGUCACAGUAUCAGUGGUAAUGGUUCCGUGUAAUGUGCUAUGCAAGAAAAAAGACAAACGAGUGGAAUAUGUGACCCAUGAGCUGUAAUUGCCUGUUGUUUAGACAAGUGAAUGUUUUGUCCUAAAUGUCAAUUUAGCAUGUAUUCUUUCAUAAAUUGUUA